AUGGCCUCCACCAACGAGGACGCAGUGCCAGCGUCGCUCGACCGCCUCCCUUCCGAGACCCUCCUCGCAAUAUUCAAUCUCUUUUGCUGGCACUGCCGCGGCGAAGAGAUUAAGCAUGACAUGAUCGAGGCAUCCCACGAUGCGUGGACAUCAUGGCUCACGCUCGAGGCCCUAUCACAAACCUCUAGGCGCCUGCGAUCCAUCGCCCAACCUAUCCAAUACCACGACCCAAACGCCUACCUUAGGCUUUCCGACUUGCUCUAUCGCAUCGACCUUGACUUCAGCCUCGCAAAUCAUGUCAAGGUACUGCGCUUGGGUAAUCUCGAGAUUGAGAUGAAUGCCCCCGACGACGUGAAUCUCGCCUUGAAGGUCGCUAGGAAAAUCGGAAUGCACAUCGAAGGCGGUCGCAACUAUUUCACUCAUUCUGGGAAGCGCUUGGUCUCUCACCCAACACUCCAUGAACCAUUCUGCGACCAGCUCGUGAUGGCUUUGUGCACCAAGGUCGAGAUGAUAGCAAUGCAGCUCGACUCUUUCCACGACGAGCAGAAAUACUGGAAACUUGCUGCAACCCACCGGCGGACCUAUGGAUCUGCGACCAACUUGAACAACCUACGACAUGUUACUUUCUUCAAGCGCGGCACUGAGCUCUUCAGUAUCUACCACCCGGGAGUUGGGACAGUACUCAGAGUAGCACCUGCAUUGGAAACACUCGUUCUUGUCGAGACGCAGUGGGUCGAACUUGACGACCAGAGAUCUUCCGCCUUUGACGUUGGAGUCUUUGCACCGGCACUGUGGAAUCUCACCUCGUUGCAGCUCAUAAACUCUAUAGUCCCAUGGGACCCUAUGGACGUUCCGUGGGAGGCCCUUCGCAAGGUAAUUGAGAUGAUCAAGAGCCUCAAGCACUUUAUCUAUCUUGCCCGCUGCGUCGACUGCGACGAAAGACCAACCUGUCAUUUUGGGGCAGGUCGCUUCCUCGAGGCCCUCAAGCCUCAGGCGGAAACUCUGGAGAUUCUUGAAGUUGGCUCUUACGAUCUCGACUGUGAUACCCACAAUGAUGGCGUAUUUGGCUUGCCUAAUAUCGACCGAUCCAACCUCGGACCGUUCCGCAACCUCCACACGCUACGGCUGCUGGAGCUAGCCUUCUGUCGGCACUUUGACGUGGAGGCUGCCGAGAAGUUCCGUUGGAACUGCAUCAGCGACUUGCUUCUUCCCAACAUUAAGCACCUCGCCAUCGGGCUAGACACCCAAUGGAUGGCGGCGCGCAAAGACGUGACUGGGUUUGGAAAUGACGUGGUAGCUGGGAAAUUCCCAAAUCUCGAGAGUUUCCAUGUCUUUUUAGCCUUUGGCCGACAAGACAAUAACGAAAACAUGCGGUGGGCAAAGUGCAAGUCAGCAAAGCUGCAGACCAAGUUGGAUAAGGCGUUCAGGGGCUCUAACGUCAAGGUAUCGAUGUUUCCAGAGGGAGGCUACUGCUCGGAAUUCGGCCCAGACUACACCUCAGACCGUUCUCCAGAGGAUUCCUCGGAUGAUGAGUCAGACUGGGAUGAUGAACACGACACGGGCAGUGGUUUGGGUGACGAAUGA